UUUAAAUAUCUCUUUUUUCUUUUGUUGUUAGCGGUGGUGGCAGUUGCAACGAAGUUCACGUUAUAGUGUUGCAGUUGCUUACUACUACUACCUCUCUGGAGGACUAUCAAGUAAGUUACUACCUUUGUCAAAGCAACAGCGUGGUUGGAUGGCUCGUCUAUCUAUAAAUCCAAUCGGUCUCCAACUCCAUAGAUUCCAACCAUGCUUUCAACCUUCUCAUUCCACCGUAUAUCCUCGCCACCACCGCCGCAGCAGAUUCCACACCUUAUCUUGCCAAACAGAUCCAAACCUCAACAAAAACGAUGAAAUUACCUCAUCAUCAACAACGCCUCAAGAAAUAAAAGUUGUGGUUGAGACUAGUAAAGAGACGACAAGUUCAAGUGUUGAUCAUUCUACUGCUCUUCCUCAAUUGCCGAACAAAGAUGUUAGUAGAAAAGUUGCAAUUGCUUCUACUUUAGCUGCUUUGGGACUUUUUGUUUUUACAAGAUUGGAUUUUGGUGUUUCUUUGAAAGAUCUUUCUGCUGUUGCAUUGCCUUAUGAACAGGCUCUUUCGAAUGGGAAACCUACUGUUGUGGAGUUUUAUGCAGAUUGGUGUGAGGUUUGUCGAGAAUUAGCUCCUGAUGUCUACAAAAUAGAGCAGCAGUACAAGAAUCGAGUGAACUUUGUGAUGUUGAAUGUGGAUAACACGAACUGGGAACAAGAGCUUGAUGAGUUUGGUGUGGAGGGUAUUCCACACUUUGCCUUCCUUGAUAAAAAAGGGAAUGAAGAGGGCAAUGUAGUAGGUAGACUUCCAAGACAAUACCUGCUUGAAAAUGUAGACGCACUUGCUCGUGGUGAAGCUCAAAUACCUCAUGCACGUGUUGUAGGCCAAUAUUCAAGUGCUGAAGCAAGAAAGGUUCAUCAAGUUGUUGAUCCAAGAAGUCAUGGUUAGAUGACAGCAUAAAAAUACUUUCUUUUCACUGUUUUAUUACAGUUAAUCGUUAGAUUUGUCAUUGAGCAACAUUUCAACAGACAAAGUAUGAACAUUGUACAAGCCUGUUAUAUAGAUUAGGAUCUAAAACCAGAUAUCAAUGGCAAUUGUUAGUUCAAAUGUCUAUAUUCAUACAAUCUUUGUGCA